AGAAGACUUGAGCAGUUACUUUCACUCCUUGGAGAGCUGCCUUUUUUCUUUUUCAUUGAUUUCAUCUUUACCCUGCCUGGUGCAUACCAUUCAUUCCUGAACAAAAGAAAUCAUCAAAUACUUUCAAGGGACAUUGUCAUUGUACUUCACAGAGCGCUACAAAGCAUUGUCAGCACAGGUACAAUCAACUCUUGCCCUACUACACCAAAACAGUCUUUGCCACACUUUUUCUCUGAGAACCCUUCGUCUGGAACGAAACUCAUCUCAACCCUCGACGCAAUCCUUCACCAAACAGCAAAAAUGCUUUUCACCAAGAUCGCUGCCGCCUGCGGCCUUGCUGCCGUGGCGAACGCCCACAUGUACCUUGCGAAACCAGCCCGUUUUGCUACCCCUUCAGCCACCAACGGCCCUAUCUCCUCCAGCGACUACCCCUGCCAAGCAACUGGAUCAGUCACAUACAGCAGUGACACCGUCGACGGAUCUGGAGCGACCGAGAUGGCGCUCGGAUCUGACCAGCCUCUUACCUUUGAGGGCCAGAGUGUCCACGGUGGUGGCAGCUGCCAGAUCUCCAUCACCUACGACGAGAACCCCUCGUCCUCCAGUGUCUUCAAGGUCAUCACCUCCAUUGAG